UCAAAUUUGGGCACCAAGAAAAGUUUUGAACAUAUAUAUGAGCAAUGCAUCAAAAAUAAUCUCAAGAAAUGGAGGAGGACAGAAUCAGCCAACUCCCAGAUGCAAUUCUUCAACAAAUCUUGUCCUUGAUCGACAUCAAUCAAGCCGUUGAGACAGCCGUUCUCUCCUCAAGAUGGAAAAACCUCUGGUUUUCCCUCUCCGAUCUCAACUUCCACCUCAGCCGCUUCCCUCACUUCAUCUCCAACUUCCUCUCUAAUCGCGACGACGCCGCCCCCAUCCGCAACUUCCACCUCUCAUUGGACACCGGUGGGCCGGUCCACGAAUUCGUGGAGGAAUGCGCGUACUACGCCGUCAGUCACGGCGUCCAAUCCCUCCGCCUCCACGCUCCCGGCGGCCCACUUCUGAAUCUCCCUGCCGCGUUUUUCGCCUCGACAACGCUGCGGGAGCUCCAUCUCAGACAAUUUAGCGGCGGGAUUUCUCUACCUGGAAACUUCUGUUUACCACAUCUGAAAACCCUGUAUCUUGAAAGCACUCGCUUCUUCAAACAUGAAAGAUUGGAGAUGGAAGAGAUUUCUGCUCCAUUGCUAACUUGGUUUAGAUAUGAGGGGCACUAUCCUUUUGAAUGUCCCAAUGUUAAUCUCCCAGUGUUGGAGGAAGUCAAUUUGGACAUUUAUAAAAGAUUCUACGAGGAAGGGAUGCGUGUGAAAUGUGUUAGGAUGCUUCAACAACUUGGAAAUGCUACCACUGUUGCAUUAACUCUGGACAUCCUCAAGGUUCUAGGAAAGGAUCGUAGUUUGAUUGAGCAAAAGCCUUGUCCAUUUCCGUACCUGAAAUGUCUGAAAUUGAUGAAAGGGCGUCGCGAAAUUCCUACGGUGCUACAGAGCGUGAUGAAGAGUACUCGGGAGACGAAGACGACAAAAAAAAACACACAGAAUCAGUCAAUAUCCAAAUUUGGUCACCAAGAAAACUCCUCACAUAUAUAUUUAUUACCAAGAAGAUUGAUCCUCCCCCAAAAUCAAAACUCAUCAUCAAAAAUGGAGCAAGACAGAAUCAGCCAACUCCCAGAUGCAAUUCUGCUACAAAUUCUGUCGUGUAUCGACACCAAUCAAGCUGUUCAAACAAGCAUUCUCUCCACGAGAUGGAAAAACCUCUGCUUUUCCCUCUCCGACCUCCGCUUCCGCCUCAGCUGCUUCGCCGCCCACAGCCGCGCCACCUUAAAGAAUCGCGAAGCUCUCUCCCACCGCUUCUCCCACUCCGUCUCCCACUUCCUCUCUCACCGCGACGGAGCCACCACCAUCCGCAACUUCCACCUCUCAUUCGAGCACAGCCAUGAUCUGCAGCUCUACGCAGACGCAGCAUUCGUGGAGGAAAGCGUGCUCCACGCCAUCGACCACGGCGUUCAGUCCCUCCGCCUCCAGCUGCGCUGCCGCCCCGAACUCACUCUCCCCGCCUCGUUCUUCGGCUCCACGACGCUGCGGGAGCUGGAGCUCAGGCAGCUGGGCUGCGUGAUUUGUGUACCGGAGCAGUUCUCGUUACCACAUUUGAAAACCCUGUAUCUUGAAAGCUCUGCGUUCGUGAAUGAUGGUCAGUAUUUGUCUUCCUUGAAGGAGCCGUUUUCAGGCUUCCCGGAGUUGGAGAAGCUUACUCUUCGCCAGUGUUCGGUUUAUAGGCUUGUUGUCAAGGCUCCCAAACUUAGGUUUCUUGAAAUUGUUCAGAAAAAUUCGUAUUAUUAUUCUGAUCAGCUGAUGGAGGAGAUUUCUGCUCCGUUGCUUACUUGGUUUAGAUACGAGGGUUAUUUUCCUUUCGAAUGUUCCAAGGUUAAUCUCCCAAUGUUGGAGGAGGUUUAUUUGGAUGUUCAUAAAAAACUACAACCGCAUAAUAGAUAUGUAUUUUUUGGUGAAAAAACCAUGCUUCUGAAAUGUGUUAGGAUGCUUCAGCUACUUGGAAAUGCUAAGAUUGUUGCAUUAACUUUGAGCACCCUCAAGGUUCUUGAAAUGGACCGUGGUUUGCUUGAGCAAAGCCCUUGCCCAUUUCCCUACAUGAAAUGUCUGAAAUUGAUGAAAGGGCGUCGGGAAAUAGCGACGGUGCUGCGGAGAGUGUUGAAUUACUUGACGGAGGAGAAUUUGGUUUCGGAGUCAUUACUGAAGGUGGAGUUACCUCAAGAUGUGGUUGUGGUUGAAAAGAAUUAUGAAGACUUGUUUGAAGACAACAGUGAUGAACAACAACUUGAACUGUUGUUUGGUAUAGAACAUGAAACAUCAUCGUCUGCAAUCUGAUCAAAUACUUCCUCCGUCCCAUUGAUCAUGUCUUGUUUACAUUUUUCGGUUUGUCCUAUUGAUUUUGUUAUGUUUCUGUUUUUAAUAGUGAUUUUACACUAUAAAUAAUAUGGUCUCACACCUUUACACA